CGGGCGGGGGCGCUCGGCAGGCCUCUGGUAGCUUCGAAAGCCUCGCAGCCGGAAGCUACCGACCUCGGCGGCCUGGAUUUACCUCACAAAAGAGUACUUCAUUGUAAGGAAAAUGAGUCGUUCCAUGAAGACGUCAGUUACUGGUGUUCCAAAAUCAGAAAAUCCAGCCUUAGGAAAAGGUCCCAAAGUACCUUUGUCAAAUACUGUAAAGACAAAGGGAAAACAACAAAAUAAAGAUAUUUCAGCUUACAGGAUACAGAGAGCUUGGUUAUCUCAUCUGGACAAAACAAUGUUUCAACUACUUAAGCACACAAUUUGUGCAGCAGAACAUCACGUGACAUAUGAAAUUUUGAAGAAAGUGAGCCCCUUAGAGGCUGAGCUUGUUAAAGAUCCUUGCAUGAAGUGUAAAGUUAGAUUCAGAUUCAGUGGUGAAAAAUUUCCACCUUUCAUCGUGUUUAAAAUUUUUCUUCAAACUGAAGGCCAUGGUUACAAGUAUUUCAGCGGAAAAAAAUUAUUAAAGCCGUCAAGUGAGGCAGUGGUUGAUGUUUGCAAAAUAAUGGGGAAAAAGAAAUUUUAUCAUCAAAUUAUGGAAGAUGAACGUCUUUUCCAGAAGUUCAAAAUAACUGAUGAAAUAGAUAUUGUCACUCUGAAAGAUUACAUGCAGGAACCGCAAAAGGACAUACCGGGCCCAAAGCAAAAACAGUCAAUCAUCCUCUCUACCCCAUCUUUUGACAUUGUGAAAGUUAGUGAACUCAUGUCAGAUGACGAAUUGGAAAAAGAGGAAAAGGAAUUAUUUGCCUGGUGUCAAGAGUUGUAUGUUAAUAAUUCUCCAUCAAGUUAAUGCACAACUAAUUGACAGGAAACCAAGUUAUUCAACAA